UUAGGCGCUUGUGGCAUCACGAACGUCGCGACGGACCUUGUCGUAGCUGUCUCGGACGACAUGUAUGAGACAUGGCCUGGUGCAACGGCGAACCCGAACCUCAACCCCAUCUGCGGCAAGACACUCACCGCGUUCUAUGGGUCGAAGAGCGUGACUGCCACCGUCGUCGACCGUUGCGGCGGCUGUGCCUUCUACGACCUUGACUUUUCAAGGGGUGCCUUCGAUCAGCUCGCCAGCGAGGACUUGGGCAGGAUCGACAUUACUUGGGAGUGGAAUUAA